CCGUUCGUCCGUUCGCCUGUUCAGACAAGCCAUGCUGGUGUGGCAACUCGAGGAGGAACUGCGGCAACAUAAAGCCCGCUGCCCCAGUCUGGAGAAACAAGCCAUGCUGGUGCGACAACUGGAGGACGAGCUGCGGCACCAGAAGACGCGGGGACUAAGCGUCGAGGUGCAGAGUCAGCUGGAGAACCUGUCCACGGAGAACGACCACCUGACGCGCGAGGUAGCCAUCUUGAGGGAGACAAUCAAGCAAAUGGAGAGGCGCUGUGCUAAAGAGGCCAUGGGGCAGCAGGGGGCCCACGACUCCCUGGUCACGGAAAACGAUCGCUUAAACCGCGAAGUCUGCCUGCUGAGGGAGGCGAGCAAGGAGUUGGAACUCAGAAUUGAGACUCAAAAACAGACACUCGCGGCGCGGGACGAAAGCAUCAAGAAACUGCUAGAGAUGCUGCAGCAGAAAGGAAUAGGUGAUAAAAAUAUAGAUGAGGAAGGGUCAGUAGAGUUGGAACAAACGCGAGCGCGCCUUGUGGAGACCCAGAAUGAGCUGGACCGUUUGAGGGAAACUCUGUGCCACCGAGAGGAGGACUGUGAGAAGCUCCGCCAGGAGGCUCUGGAAGUGGCGGAGCGGCUGCGUCGCGAGCACGACCAUAGCUUCGGGGGGCCGUGGGGGCUCAACGGCCCUGCUGCUGGUGACGCCGGUACCUCGGCCACUCUGACGGCGCUGCUGGAGACCAAGGACGCGCGUAUCCUUUCGCUGGAGCGUGAAGUGGCACUCCUGGAGGGGGAGGUGGCUAUGGCCAGGGAAUCGGGAGGGGCGGGCCUUGGCGGGGUCCUGGUUGGGGGUGGCCUGGCCGGCUCCCGCUGGGGCUCCCGCGCCUCCUUAGUCACCCCGCCACCCACCGAUGACUCACGCCUCCUCCAGGUGCUGCAGGAGCGGGAGCGCAAAGCUAAAUCGCAACUGGAGGAGUCCCGGUUGGAGAUCCAGAAGAGAGAUCAGGAAAUCCUUGCGCUGUCUGCGAAGAUGAAGACCUUGGAGGAGCAGCACUCCGACUACCAGCGCCAUAUCACCGUGCUGAAGGAGUCUCUGUGCGCCAAGGAGGAGCACUACAACAUGCUUCAGGCUGACCAUUCCUCCGGUAUACUUCGUCAGGUGGAGGAGAUGCGGCAGCGCCUUGAGGAGAAGAACAAGACCAUUGAGAAGAAGACCCAGCAGGCCCUCCAGACCACCCAGGAAAGGAACAAACUCAACUCAGAGCUCACUGAACUUCGUGACCACAUGGAUAUCAAGGACAGAAAAAUCAAUGUCUUACAGAGAAAGAUUGAAAACUUAGAAGACUUACUACGGGAAAAAGACAACCAAGUAGAUAUGGCACGAGCACGACUGACAGCAGUGCAGGCUCACCACUCCACAUCAGAAGGUGCACUUUCCUCUCUGGAAGAAGCAAUUGGAGACAAGGACAAACAGAUCCAGCAGCUGAGGGAACAGCGUGACAGAGCAGAGCAAGAACGACACCAGGAACAGUCAUUACACGAAAGAGACAUUGCUGAGUACAAGAUGAAACUUCACGCCCUUGAAGGAGAAGUGGAGAAGUUACAGGUUCGCCUGGAACGUUCACUGGCCGAGAAGGACAAACUUGAAGCCAAACUAGAGUCAAGUCAGUCUGAAUUAGGAAAAGCUAAGGCAGAACUGGAAAAGAUGCAUGGGGAAGUGGGUAAAAGUACAAGUGAUUACGAGUCUUACCGCCACCGUCUCACCAAGAUUGAGAUGGAAAACGACAGACUGAGGACUGAAAAUGAGAGACUCCACCAUGACCUAGAGCGCUCCCACACCACAUAUGGCCGCCCUGCUAUGCCUGGUGGCUCAGGAGAGGUGGAGCGCCUGCAGGAGAAGCUUGAUAAGUGUCAGGCAGAUCUACGGCGUGCGCAGACUGAACUACGCAUGAACCAAGCCGACUACGAACGGUCCCAUGUGGAGGUAAAGGUUGAGCAGCUGCAGGAGAAGGUGGAGAAGGCACAAGGAGAGAUCUAUAGGUUGAAAGCCAGACUUGAGAAUGCUCAGAGUGAAAAAGACAGUGUACAAGAGGAGCUGGAGCGUGCCCAGGCCACUAUAGCUCGGCAGCACAGCGAGAGGGAGCGCUGGGUGAACGAGGUGGAUAAGCUGCGAGAAGAGUUGGAAAGGUCUCAGGCCACAGUGGGUAAAGCACAGAUUGGCCAGGAAAAGACUCAGUCAUCCCUCGACAAGGUUCAGUCUGAGCUGGAUCAGCUUCAGGAGCGCUACGAGAGGCAGAGUGCUGAGAUGCGCAGGAUACAAGCUGAGCGUGAGAAACAUGCUUAUGAAUUUGAACAAAUACAGAGUCAACUGGACAAGGCUCAUGGUCAAAAUGCCAGACAAUCCAAGGAGAGAGAAGCAGCACAGCAUGAGGCAGAUAGGUUGCGAGAGAAGUAUGAGAAGCUUCAAACUCAGAUGGCACGCCUGCAGAAAGAGCGGGAAGGUGCAAGUGCUGAGGUGGAUGCGCUGAACGAGAAGGUGGAUUUGCUUCAGACGCAAUUGGGCAAGGCUCAGAGGGACCGGGAGAAUACGUACGGGGACCUGGAACUCCUGAAGGAAAAAUACGAGAAGACCUCAACUCAGCUGCAGAAACUCAUGCUUGAAAGAGAUGACCGUUCAACUGAGGUGGAAAUUUUGAAGGACAAGUUAGAAAAGGCUCAAGCUCAGGCCACACGAGCACAGGAUGAAAAGGAAGUGGCCAACAGAGAAUUUGAGAGAGCACUUGAAAAGUUUGACAAGUCUCAAAGUGAAAACUUCCGCCUACAGACAAGAUUAGAGUCUGCUCAAGCUGAACAGGAACGUCUUCAGGUUGAAAUAGAAAAAACUCAGGUUCUUUUCAAUAAGAUAAAAGAUGAAAAAGUCAAACUCCAAGAAGACUAUGAUCGUAUACAAGAGUCAUAUGAUCGCUCAAGUCUGCAAUGUGUUCGAGCUAAAGAGGCUGAGGAGAAGCUAAAAGAAGAAAUUGAAAGACUCAAUGUAGACAUCACAAUCCUCAGGGAACGUUAUGACAAGACAACAGUUGACCUAAGGAGAGUUGGUAGUGAGAAAGAAAAACUACAGAAUGAUGUUGAUCAGUUAACAUUUGAAUUGGAAAGAGCACAGGCACAGUAUGGUAAAGCACAGCAUAAUCAAGAGAAGAGCCAGGAAGAAAUAGCAAGGUUACAGAUUGAAGUAGAAAAAUACAAAGAUAAGUAUGAGAGGAAUGCAAUCGAACUAGGUAAAGUACGUAAUGAAAAAGAGAAGUUACAACAGGAAUGUGAAAAUAUACAAGGUGAAAUGGAUAGAGUUCUAGUAAGAAUGGGAAAAUAUCAAGAAAAUACAGAGAGAACAAAAGAGGAUUAUGAAAUGUUGAAAAUUGAGAUUGAGAGGGUAAAGGAUAAACUAGAAAAGACACAAAUGGACUAUGAAAGGGAAUCAAUAUUAAGGGAGAAAUAUGAGACAGAAGUGACCAAGAUGAAGAGCGAAAUAGACCGAGCAGAUCAGUACAGAGGUAAAUACCAACUUGACUAUGAGAAAAAUAAACAGGAUGCUGAGAAAAUUGCAGCUGAAAAUGAUAGGUUACGAGAAAGGUAUGACACAAGUCAAAUAGAACUACAGAAGGAAAAGCUAUUGAAUGAAAAGUUGACUGAGGAAAUUGCAGCCAUGAAGACAGACCUAGAUAAGGUGCAACCCAGAGCAGGAAAAUUCCCAGCAGCUCAAGACAAAUACGAAGGGGAAUUGGAAAGAGCUAAUAUUGAAGUUGAAAAGCUAAAGGAUAAGUAUGAAAGGUCACAAAUUGAAUGCACAAAGUCACAACAAAAAAUUGAAAAAUUGGAAAGUGAAAAUGACAGACUUAAGAGUGACUUACAAAUGAGUCAAGAACAACUCGAACGCUUCCUUACUGCUCAGGACCGUAAUAAGACUGAAGUAGAAAAAACUUCCAUUGAAGUGAACAAAUUAAGGGAUAGACUGGAACGAACUCAGACUGAACUGACACGUGCUCAAGCAGCUAAAGAAAAGGCAGAGUUAGAGGUUCAGCGACUGAUACACGAGAUGGAACGAUCCCAACAGCACAUGUCCAAAUACCAAGAAAGUAAUGAAUCUGCCAAAAUUGAAUUUGAGAGAAUGUCAGUUGAACUUGAAAAACUUCAUGAACGUUUGGAGAAAUCACAAACUGAACUUAGAAGAGCAAAUGACUCUAAAGAAAGGCUUGAAGCAGAAAAUAGAAAAAUCAAGCGAGAUCUUGAUGAGAGCAAAAAUAUGAUUGGGAAAGCAUCUGACUACCAACAGAGGUAUAACCAAGACCUUGAGAAAUGCAAAGAAGAAAUAAUAAGACUCAACAAAGAGCUUGAAAGAGCCAAAGAUGAACUGAGCAAGGUUGCUACUGAAAAAGAGAAACUUAACACUACUCAGGAAAAACGUGAAAAGAUGAUUUCCAAGCUAGAAACAGACCUAAAGCAGCUGCAAUCAGAGAGAGACCAACUAGUAAAGCAGUUAGAGAAAUCACAGGAUAUGCUUCUCAACUUCCAGCAAGAAUUAAAGCAAUCUGAGUCUGAACUUUUGAAAACUAAGGAUGAGAAUAAGCGGAUAAAAACGGAACUCUCCAGUACAACAAAGGAAAUGGAGCAAGGUGCCAAGGAUAUGCUGGAGAGCAGGGAUAAGGAAAUUCAGAAGUUAAGUGGGCAACUCACUGCUAAAGAAAAGGAGUUCAAUGCUCUUCGAACAGAAGCAGAAAAAGAAGUUCAGAGACUGCAACAAGAAGUACAGAAGGCACAGCAAAAUGCUCAGGCUGCACAGAAAGAGGCUGGUCUAAUACAGAGAGAAGCAGAGAAGGAGCUAAAGAAUUUGAUUGUUCAGCUACAAGGGAAAGAAAAGGAACUUGCAACAUUGCGAGGUGAAGGAGAAAAAUGCAGAUUAAGAGCAGAAAAGGCGGAACGUGAUGCAGCAGAGAUGUCUAAACAGGUAAAAGACACUGCUCUGAAGGGUGAAGGAGAAACGACAAAGCUUCAGCAAGCCAUAACCUCGGAAAAACAAAGAGCAGAUCAGGCCGAAUUAGCAGUGCAGGAAAUGCAGAAACAAUUGCAAAACAUGGCACAAGAUGGCCAAAAAACAAACCAGCAAAUAACACAAUUAAAUCAGGAAAACCAGGAGUUAAACAAACAGAUACAGCAGCUGAAUCAACAAAAUCAACAUACACAACAAGAAAAUGCAUCUUUACAAAAACAGAUACAACAUGCUCAACAGCAGAUACAACAGCAGACACAACAAUUACAUAACUUACAGCAGCAGGUGCAGCAUCAGCAACAACAGUUACAGAAACAGAGCAAUAAUCCACGGGACAGCCCAGACACACAGAGAUUAAAAGCAGAUCUAGACAAAGCCAAUAAUGAGUUGAAGAAUUCUGCAGUAGAGAAACAGAGACUGCAGAAUCAGCUGGAGUUACUGGUCACUGAACUUGAAAAGAAGCAGCUUGAUUUACAUGAGGCAAACCAGAAGCUUCAGAAUGGAACAAGACAAGGAAAUGAAUCACAGGCAAUCAAGAGGCAACUGGAGGAGCAAAUGAAGAUGGUGGAGCAAAAAGUUCACACGUUAGAGCAAAGGAACAGGCAACUUGACGAGAAGGAGAAGACUCUAGUUGACUUGGACGCUAGACUCAAUAAGAAGAGGGAACAAUUGAACCACAUGGAACAACAGCUUGCAAAAGCACAAACAGCAGAUGGUGCGACUCCAUCAGAGGCUACCCAACAGCUUUCUGAGAUGAGGAGGGCACUAGGUGAUAAGGAAAAGGAAAUUGAAGCUUUACAAAAAGCUCGAGAACAUGCAGAAAGUGAGGUUAAGAAUGCACAGUCAGAAACAGAGAGACUCCUGCAGUUGAUGCAAAUGGCACAGGAGGAGCAGUUCACCAAAGACAAGACUAUUAAGGAGCUGCAGGAAGCCCUUAGAGGUGGAGGUGGAGGUGGAGGAGGAAUGAAAAAGCCAGGUAUGGCAUCCACCCCAAGCACUCCAGCCAAGAUGGAUGGCAUCCCUGCAGGACUCAGCACGGCCUCAGCAGGACACAUGGCAGCACAAGCAGCAGAAAAAGCCACAGCAGCAUCUGAAGCUGCAAAAGCCACAUUGGAGCAGGCAAAGAAUGUUGCACAGCCAUAUGAGGGGCAUUCAUGCAUGGAUCAUCAUGAGAUUGAUAUCCUGGAGAUGGAGGGACGUCAGCGAGAAUACAGACUACACGUCGAGCAGAUUGAAGUUGACAUCAAGCUAAAAGACUCGCUGAUAAACAACCUCAGUGAUGAAAACAAGAGACAGAGGGAACACAUUGAAGAACUAGAGGAUGAGAUUCAUGCACUUGAGGAAGAGAUGAAGAAAAAUGAGAAGAUUGAAGAACUGGAGCAGCUUGUGGUAGUGGUGAAACAGAAGAAUGAGAGAAUUGAGGAGCUGGAAGAAGCCCUUAGACAGAGUGUUCGAAUUGCCACAGACAUGGAGAUGGAUAAGCGUGAGGAUGAAGAAAGAAGGAAGGAAAUCAAUGAAAAGCUUUCCAAGCUUGAGGCAAGAUUAGCAAGCACUCAAAAUGCUCACAACCUUCGGUGCACAAGCUGCCAGACUGUGCGGCAAAGACUCACUCACGUGGAGAGUCGCUACAACCAGGUGGCCAGUGAGAGGCGGCACCAUCUCCAGGAACUCUUUGACAUGAAACACCAGGCUCUGACGGCAGCCCUCAGUGAGAAGGAUGCUCACCUGGCAUUACUGGAGGUUGGAGGAGUGAGGUGUUCCAGAGCAGCCCAGGAAGUGGAAACUCUCAAAAAGGAAAAAACAAAACUCCUGGAAUCCAUGAAGCAUCUGGGAGAAGAGAGGGUCAGAUUAACUCAGGAAUAUGCUGUGAAUGAUCUCAAGCUGGAAGUUGCUCUCCCAGACACUCCUCCACCUCAUCAGGAUCCACAAGAUGACAUGGAUGAGAACUCUUCUUGCUCCAGGACCCACCUAUAGAGAGGAAACAACACCAUUCUAAAACACCAAGAGAAGUUGAGAGGCUUCCUGCAUAUGACACCACUACAUAUGACACUGCCUGUGCUGGGGACCAUCACUGCUUCACAUGAUCCCAAGAGCAAAGCUGUGUCUGCAACAGCUUGAUAGGAGUCUUACUAUCAUGAAACAACCUAGAUUCAUUGGUCUAAGGUAUCCCUUUGUCACACAUUCAUACUGACCUAAAUAAAGUUCUUCCAGAAUAUUUGCAGCAAGUCUCUAACAAAGCAACUUCUGCUUUAAAUGUUCUAUUAGAGAUAUAUCAGAAUAAUAGCAUGUAUAAAAAACAUGUAUAUGUAAUCUUCUAUCUGGAACUAUCAAUAUCUAAAAGGGUCUCAGGAUGUAUGAGACCUGAAAUUCAGCAUGAGAACAAACUGUAAUCUGAACAGAACAUGCAUGGAAUGCAUUUUUGUGGCACCAGUGUCAUUGCAUCAUUGUUGCAGUCUUAUUUCCAUAACGCUGGAAAUCAAGUUUCUUGCCCGGUGGCAUACUUAGGCUUCCAUAUUGUGGCUUCACUGAGUGUCUAUAAUGAUGUUGAAUAAUGUUUAAUAUUACCGUAAUGUAAGGCAACAUAAGUUGCAUGAAAGAUCACUGUGUGGAUGAAUAAUGUUGAAGUUAACAACAAAAUAUCUAUUUUGUAUUCUACAAUAAUUUGUGCUAUGGUAUACAUCCCACUAAAAGUUCCUUGAACAGGUCAGUUUGUCAUACUCUUCUCAUUUGACUAUCAAGGAUUAGUAUGUCUUAUAUCUUAGGCAGCCAUUCUAAUAAAAAACAUUAGCUUGGCUUCUCCAAGGUUAUCAGUACUUGACUGGUUGAGGCAGUUCCACAUUAUCAAGGGGUCAUUUGUCCUAAAGAAGGUGGUUAUUAGUGUUUCCCAGUAGCACAUAUCAUUGAGUAGAUCUGGGCCUUGGAAGGACUGUCUUCUGACCUGUUGGACAUGGUCAUUAGUGCUUGGCUGAUGAGCAGCAGCAUUUUAGUUUUCCUUUGAAGACAGUUUGAGACAAGGAUAUUCAGUGGAAAUAUUGGUCUAGAAAAGAAGGUACGAAGUCUUUAAUGAGGUGGGCAUUGGAAGGAAAUCCAUGUACAGUCUGUAUUUUCUGUAUGUAUAAUGUAUAUAAGAUAAAUCAGUCAGAUUAGCUAGGUAGUGUGUUUGAUAGUCUGUAAAUUUUAGCAUCAUACAUUGCCAUCAGUGCCAUUCUGAUGAAGGGGCUACGACAGAGCUGCAACUGAUGGACUCCAAGCGGGAUUCAAAAGGGGUUAAAAAGUACUUCUUCAUUUGUGAGGUGAGCCUGUAUAAGUGUGUAUUGAGCUAUCCACUGUAUCCUUAUAAGCCUCCCAAAAUUUCAGAUUCUGAUUUCCACUCCACAUCCUCUGUUCCUAGUGAAGGUAGAGCCAACAGUGAGGUGACCGAUCAAAAUGUCAGUGCCACAAUGAAGAAAGUGGGGUGCUGUGCAGUAGCACAUUUUUAAUGAUUUCACCGAAGAACAGUACUCACAAAAUCAUUGGUUCAAAUGGUGUUAUGGGUCAGCUGUGGUGAGCACUUAUCUGAACUGUGGACCUGAUUCUCCUCUCAGUAUAACAGAACUGCCAAAGGACUUUUACCUUCUAAAUAUUGACCUUUUUAUAACUUUGAUGCCAGUUGUGCAUUUCCCUGAGAGGAAAAUUGUGCCCAGUAGAGGUUGUGAAUAAACGUAACUCCCUGUCACUGUUCAUUAACUGUAUGACAAAAUCUGAAAAGGUAUCUCUGAUAUGCUUACGAAAUCACUGAAUCAAGUUGAUUAAAAUCAAGUUCUAUUAGGUAUAUCCUAUGUUAAUCUUAAGAAAAUGAGCAUAAUACUACUUAGUCAAGGGGCAUAAUGGUUUAUCAGCACUUUCAAAGAUUAUUUACGCAUUUCCCCCUUGAUUGUGUAUAGGUAUUACAAAAAAAAAAUUCUGCAAUUGUUCCACUUAACAAUUGAACAGCUUUAAAAUUAUGUACACUGUACUCAUAGUAUGGUAAUCAACUGAUAGAGAGAGUAAUUACUAGACUGCAACAUUACCACUUUUCAUUUGUUUAUUCAUGAAUUUAUACAAAAUGUAAAAACUGGAAUCGGUUCUAAUUUGCAAGAAUUUGUAAGCAUUUCAAAUAUGCACCUCUGGAAAGAAUACCAUGAAGGUUCAUUUAUUGUAACUCCAGUACUAUAGGAAGUACAAAGUCCUGUCAAAACCCUUUCUAAAUGACAACUGCAAAUGUCAUAACAUGAAAAUAAGUAUAUCAAAAACUGUUUGUAAUAUAUUUAGGUUAAAAGGAGAAGUCUAUGUCUUACAUCUAUUAUAAAACAGUAACUAGUAUGUACUUUCAUGUACAGGAUGGGUUGCAUAAUAGUAUUGUUAAAUGUCAUUGGCAUGGCUGUAUAGCAAAGCGAGUUUAGUUGUGAAAAUUGGGAAGAAAGUAAUUGAAUUACUUAUGAUCUAUGGAAGAAAAAUCUAAUGAGCAGCUCAAACUAAUGUAAAAAUAUAGACCUGGAGUAAAAUAUCCCCUUAACAAUUUCUAUAAAAUCACCCCAAGAAAAUGAAGGGUUGUGUGGUUAUCUGAUUAAAAUGUUACCAGUGUACAAUGCUGAUUUAUAUUUCACAACAAAAAUUGUGAAAGAACAUUUCUCUUAUUACUCACACACACACAAGAUGGUCCCCAGCUUGACAGACUUAACAAAGAAAAAAAAAUUGGAAAAGUUAGUGCUGGCAUUACUGAGAGGUGACAUAAUUGCAGUGUUCCGGGCCAUGGAAGCAAAUGGAUAAAACUGAUAGUAUGCUUAAAAGACAUCAAUAAAUACAGUUUUGUCAACAGAAUCAUUGAACAGUGGAAAAAACUGAACAAAGAGGUGGUCUGAUCCAUAAGGCAUAAAUGAGUUUAAAGCUAAAUCUGACCAAUUGAAACUAGAGACAGGACCCCUCGGGGAUGGCUCAUUUCCUGUACAUCACAGCUAGGUAAACACACACACACACACACACACAGGAGAAAUGUCUUUCCAGAGGAGUGUAAUAGCUGAGGGUUUCAUUAGUACUCCUUAAUGAAUGUUAUCACAUGAUACACUGGUACUACGGAACCUCAUGAAAUGUACAGUAAUGAUAAAAAGCUGAUUCUAUAAAACUAUAAAAUUAUGAUACAUAGAAUGUUGUCCAAAUUAUAACUUGUUUCAGUGUAGUUUGUGGGGUUGGUUCAAUUCUGUGUUUGACUUGUAUAUGUUAUUUUUUAUCUUUUCCACUGAACAUAUGACAAGAGAUCUGUCUAUCUCUUCAUAACAUUUCCACAAAGGCCAGUACUUACUAUCCUCUUUCACUCUAAUCUUCUUCACAUUCUUAUAAACAUGUUUUAUUUAUCUUGUACACAUGGUCACAUCAUAUAUAAAGAUACUACCUUCUGCCUUUGCCUGAAGUUUUCAUACAUUGUGUUAUAGCAAUCUUUUUCUUCCACUUAUCAUGUGUAUACGUCAGAAUGAGCAGCUGUAAACAGCAACCAAUUUAUAUCACAACUCUUUUCUUAGAGCUCUUACAAUUAGACAUCAGGAUUCAUGACGAGUAUUUUCGGACUGUCAUUGCUAGGACUGGUUUUCACCAGACUAUCUUCUGGCUGCUACUUUAUCACAUUCUUGUAACCUGCCUUUUGAAAUGACAUUUUUAAAUGGGACACAUCAUACAUGCAUAUGACUGCUAUUUGUUGCUCCACAACCUUGUAACUCACGUGCCAUUUGUCUUUAUUUUGUGAUUGAAGGCAUAGAUUCUCAUUUGUGUAUAUAGUGUGUAUGUACAUUGUAUAUACAUGCGAAUAUAUACAAGUACUCGUGUAUUUUGGGCACAAAUGUAACAUUAAUGUAAAGCAAACAUGUAAGGUCAACAUUUCCUGAUUUUGUUUUUUGUUUUGUGUGCCUGUACUUUCUGUUGUGAUAUUACCUUGUCUGGCCAAUUAUGUCACUGGGACAGUGGAGGUUAGCAUGUGUACCUACCCAGGUCUCUCCUGGGCCCUUGGCAUGCUGCCUUCACCUUGGACAGAGACCAUCCACAUCAAACUUUGCAUGGCUCCUGCCUUUUAUAAAUGAGCGGCUGGGCAUACAGAGUGAAAGCAUACAGGAGUAUUUUAUAACAUACCACUCAAAAUACUGUACCCUAAUGUUGAAUUUUCUGGUGGGCAAAAGAACUGUAACCUAAUUUUUUAGCUUAUGAGCCAGUAUACAUUGUGAAUUCAUAUGCUAUGACAACAUGGGAAAGGAAGUAUGAAAAGUGCAAACUGAUUAAAUAUUCUUCAGGUAUAUUCUAAAUUUGAGUGAAUAUUAUGUCAAAAUGCAGGAGUUAUUUUAUAAGUAAUUGUACACUACCUUGCCUGUCAUGGCCAAGACUGGGGUGGGGUGUGUGUGUCCUGCCCAAAGCCUGCCAGCCACACCUCCCCUGACACAGCAAAGUAGUGUGUGGCAUAAUAAUGUGUCUGUGGAGGAUAGUAAUGAAAUUAUUGACAGCUAAGGUUGAAGGUUAGCCUUGAACAUUCACUAAUUAUAUUAUUCAACCUUAAAGGCAUUUGAGGCUUAGCACUAUUUUCCUCCCAGUUCCAUUUAAACAUAGAACAUUCCCAUCCAGACAUCCUACUCCCUUCAGGAAAUAAUUAUAGUGUGUUAGUGUGUUGUGGAUGCUUUCUAUGGUGGUUGCUGUGCAAGGGUCUUGAUAUCUUUUUUUCUCGACAGUGAUGUAAGAAGGAAACAAAUUGGGCGCAUUUAGGUCACAUAGAUAAGAAAUUGUAAUAUGAUAUGAGGGUGAAUGUUGCAUCUCUUUGUCCCAGUAACGUAACCUUUGUCCUACCAUUGGGACACCGCUCCGCAACACCACCUGAAGUUCAUUGGCAAGGAAAAAAAUGAUGAAAGGAAAAUAAAUGAUAAACUGUUCAGCAAUAUGAAAUUCGAAACUAAUUCGAUAUACUUAUUGGUUAACUUUAUUUGUCUGCCUUUAACAUGAGCUGGUGCUGCUGGGGUGGUGACUAUGAGCAAACUUAAAAAAGUAGCUAUAUUGAUGUUUAGCUCACAAACUGUUGUCUUUUUCUUGCCCUCCCGACUCCCUACUUCUGAACGUCAUGUCCAGCAUGUUGAACAAUAAAGUUGAUCUUACAAA